GGCUGCUGUGAUACGGCCCGCAUCGGCACCGAUCUCAAGAAGGAGGGAUAAAUCAUUGUCACGCGCGUUGUUUUCUUUCGCACAACAGCAGCUUGCGAUCCUUCGGGGGUCUUCACAAAGCGCCGUGUGUGUGCCUUCGCGACCAAAAAAGGUGAAACGCUCAAAUCAACCGCGAGGCCGGCAGGGGUGAGAGAUAAGGGAGACUCCGACGGGAGUCGAAAGAGAGACGAUGAUGCCCCCGGGAUACGGCGGGCACCCGGGCAUGCCACCGAUGCAGCCAGGGACGGGCUGGGCGUUGAGGGCGGUGGGUAAUGGACGGACCGUGCACGAGGUCCGCAUGCACGCCCACGAGUACUUCGUCAACCUGCAGAUGAUGGAACCCGAUGCACGCGUUCUCGGAAGCAAGAUCAAGCGCGACGAUUGGACUUUCGAGCAGGACAUGGUAUUCGAGCACGCCAUGGCCGAGUUCGAGGAGACGGACUCGUUGAGGUGGCUGAAGGUCGCCUCGCUGCUUCCGGGGAAGAGCCACGAGGAUGUAAGGCAUCGCUACCAGCGUCUCGUCUACGAUGUCCACAAGAUCGAGAAUGCGGUACCGAUGGAUGUAAAGUACAAGGCACCGAAGGGUGGCAAGUCUCUCCUUGCGAAGGUCGCCGCGAAGAGCGGGUCGGCCUCGAGCAGGGGGCGCGGUGGAGGAUCAACGAAAGGCGGGGGGGGAUCCUCGUCGAGCUCCGCGAUGCACGGGGCGGGCGGCGGGAGAGAAGCCAAGCCGAAGGGGAUCCAGAAAACAAAGGUAAAGGGGAAAGGGGGCGGCUACCUGCUCACCAACAAGUCGUCGUCGUCUUCCUCCUCCUCCUCCUCGCCCAGAGGCUCCGCGAGAGGCGGGGGGCUCGUGCGGUCGCAGCUAGGGAGGGCGGGAGGGGGAGGCUCGAACGGCGGGGCCCCUGCCGCGAGCGGGUCAUCGUCGUCAGCAGCGGGGGGGAAAGGAAGAGUGGACGCGAGAGGGCCCAACAGCAGCAGCAGCAGCAGCAACAGCAGCGGCGGCAGCAGCGGUGCACCAGCACCAGCACCACCUGCGCCAGCAGCCAACCGACCUUCCUCAGCCAACGGAGUAGGAGCGCGAGGCAAGGGGCUUGCUGGUAGGGGCAAGGGGCUAUCCGGACGUGGAAAGGAGCUAUCCGGACGUGGAAAGGGGCUCUCCGGCUCUGCCAGAGCAGCCGCAGGCGGGGCCGCUAGCGGGGCUAGGGGGGGGGGGGCGGCUGGCCGCNGCGGGGCUAGGGGGGGGGGCGCGGCUGGCCGCGGGGGGGGAGGCUCGAGGACGACGGCGCCCAGGGGUAGCAGCAGCAGCAGCGAGGCUUCGGCGAUGAAGCGGACGGCGGUGGCGCACCUGACCAACCUUAAACGGGCGAGGCUGACCGGCGACGUUCGUGGCAUCGGUGGGUGUGCUGCUUCGCCAAGACGGACGGUUGGUGCUGGUGCUGGUGCUGGUGCUGCUUUUAGCGAGCUGUACAUACACCACGGUGUUAUUUCCUCUUUCGUGGGGCGGGGGAGAGGAGGGGCUGCUGUGGUUGAGGCGGACAGGCGGAAGAGCGGACGGGCCAGAAAGCGGAAGGUGAUGGGCGGUGGCGAGGAGGAUGACGACGGCAUGGAUGGUGACUACGAAGGCGGCGGAUACCCCCAAUACCGCCACCGGGGCUAGGAGCGCUGAACUAGAGGAAGAGGGCGGAGGCGGGCACGAACUAAUAGAUUACUGCUGUGCGCGUUGGAAUUGAGGGGGGGCUUCGAGUGCCGGGGGAAGCGCUUGAAGCCUUGCUGGUGUUCGAGACCUCGCGCGGACGAGAAGCAAGGGGGUGCGGUGGAUGAUGCGCGCCCGGGGGAGGGGGGGGUACAACCAUCGGCCGACAACCUUUUUUCUUGGAAGCGGACUGGCUCCUUCAAAUGGUCUGGUGAUUGGUGAUUGGAUGAGGAUAAUUUGCGAAGCCAAGAAGCGGUGCAAGCCCUGCCUGCCCGCGGUAGGCAACGAAACGGUCCGGCGCCACGGGACUGUCGGGACGGCGGACCGCACGUGCUUUGAAACCGGAAAAAGCUCUCCCGCCUGGAGCGAGUCACAAGUAGUUUUAUUAUGUUCUUGUUUUGUCUUGGCUGUGGGAGUGUCUAUUAUUUCAGCACCAAGUACGAAAAUUUAGGUUAAUUGUAUGGUUGAGAGGGCACGGAGCGAGGAGGUUUAGGUUUCGAUAGCCUGUUCAGGCAGGCUUCUGUUGUGUCCCCCCCUUGACCCGGUUGUUGUUUCGUGCACCGUCGUCGACGCCCAAAACGAAUGCUCGAAAUCUGUGUCGCUUGCAUAAGCCGGGGUAUGCCCUUUUUUCUUUCUCGAGUAUUGCAGGGCAGUACACUCAGAGGGCAACAGGUGAGUUGGGCGGGUGCGUCACAAAAGAGAACCGCGCCUGUGACGGGUGAUCAACGGCAGCAAUUAGACGUACAUAUGGCGAUUUGGUCUGUCGUUCUACUUUUUAUUAGAUUUGGUGACCGGCAUAAAGAGCGAGCCGUACAUUGUAUCUAGCUCGGUCGGUUUGCAGGCAGCACGCGGCCUCGGUUUCGGGGGUGGUUUGCAUUCACAUUUGUACAGUGCGCGGGCCCCCCGCGGGUUUAUGCUUUCUUGAGUUUGGACGCGGGGAAGACUCGAAAGCAGACUCGUUGUUGCGGUGCUUUGCCCCCCCCAGCAGCAGCAUGAAACAGCAGCAUCGAUAUACCAUCUCCUCACACGUUGGCAUGUAAAGUAAUUAGUCUAGUGAUGUACGUGGCGUGACGAAGCUCUUCGGAAGCACGCACCGGCUUUAUUUCCCUUCUUUUUUUUCCAAGGAGACUUCGAGGGCAACGAGGAGUUUCUGUAUUUGUUGUGCAGAGACCACCACAAACACUCACUCUCUCUCAGGUCGUCUUCAUAGGGUAGGUUGUUUUCUUCGCGUUCCGUACUGUGACCCGCCGCAAUAACAUGCUACAGGCCGGUUGUUUAUCGUAGGUACCGUAGAUUCCAGGGU